CUAGUCACACCAAAAGUCAAGGAAGGAUUAAUGGAUGUUAAUCGACAGUUAGUAGAAUCAGCAUCCAAUGUAAAACUACCAGUAAAACUUAGUGGUAAACCAGGCCGUGUUACACCUAAUGUAUUAUAUGAUACAUUAAAUUUAUUCAGAGCAAACUAUUCUGCCAUUCAGCCUAAUUUAGAUAUUCUACAAGUAGCCAUGGCAACAGCACAAACUAUAUCACACAAAAAGCAUGGCAACUUAGAUAAUAUUGUUAGUGUUGAAAAGAAAAUUUUACAAAUGGUGGGCGAUAAAGACAGUCCUAGUAUUCUUUGCGAAUUAACCAAAAUAUUGAAGACAGAAUCUCAAAAACCUAUAUCAGAGAGAAUAUUAAAUUUAGAUGAUAUUCUAUCACUCCUGAUAUUUAGUUAUUCUUUAUCUGGUGCUGAUUUUAGUGAAGAUGAAGAAAAUCAAUUUCAGGCUGAUUUAAUAGAAGUCAUUAUAAAAGAAAAAGAAGAUUUACCCCCAGUACUGAAAGCUAUAAUUGGAGAUACUAUAAAUAGAAGUAUAGUUAUGGCUAUAGUAGAAGAUAUCUGGUGUAAACUGGUUGCAAUAGGUACAGCCAGACAAAAUUUACAACAAUUCAGUUCUGUAUAUGAAAGAGGAGGUAUAAUGGCUCCAACAGAAUGUAAACCAUUGUUAAAUCAAAUUAUAGAAGAAAUAUUAAAUCCAGCUAAAGGAGAAAUAUUAGAUAUUAAAUAUAAACAAAGUGGUAUGAAAGAUCUUCUUAAAUCAGGAUUUGGGUUAUUCAUGAAUGUAAGUAAACCACGACCAAGUGAUCAUCCAUUAUUAUUACUAUAUAUAGUAGGAGGUGUAACACCUACAGAAGUUAAACAUAUACAAGAUAUAGUUCAUAAAUCUAAAACACAUAUACAGGUUGUUAUUGGUAGUACAAGAUUACUGAGAAAUACAGACGCCAUUUUAUCAUCAUUAUCCACUGAUAAUGUCACAUUUCAAACUUAAAAACAUACUGUCUCUGUAGUUGUAAUAGUCUCAAGUUGACACUCUCAACUAAACCACUAAUAGACAUCAUCUGGAAGAGUUUAAGCAUUAUUUAUCCACUGAUAAUGUUACAUUUCAAACUUAAUAAAAUACUGUCUUUAUGUCAGUAAUUGAAUAGUCUCAACUAAACCACUAAUUUUAAUACACAUCAUCUGGAAAAGUUAAAGAAUUAUUUAUCCAUCCACUGUGUAAAAUAUCUGGGAGUUGUAUUUCAAUGAAAAAAAGCCUGUCCAACCUCGUGGGUUUUCUCCGGGUCCUCCGGUUUCCUCCCACUGCUAAAGACCCCUACGCGCAAGCGAAUUAUUGAAAUAAAAUUAAACUAUAUGUUACUCCCGAAAUGACCUAGUUUGUGUCCAGUGGAUGUUAAACACCAUCUGUCUGUCUGUCUGUCUCUCUCUCUCUCUCUCUCUCUCUCUCUCUCCCAAUGAAGCAAAUUGUUGUAACAAUAAUGAAGAUGAAAAAAUUAAAUAAUUAUUUCUAGUGGAAGAACUGUUUUUCUAAAUCUGCAAUUCAUAUUUGGUGUGAGGGAAAAUGUGCAAAGUUUCAUGUUUAAAAGUUGUUUAUGGAAUUUGUUAUAGAGUUGUUUUGUAAAUACAUGUAUAAUAAAACAAUUAUAUA